UGUACUCUAUGAACCAAUACCUAUGCACUCUUCUCUGCUCCUACCAACAGCGAGCAGUUUUCACAACGCUUUUCCCGCCAAGAUUUACCACUGCAGCCUCAAUUCGGACGGUCGUGAUCCUCAGGCUGUUCUGAACCAUCCCCGGUCUUCUCGACACUCCUCUAGCCGUUGCCGUCACUCUUGACGAUGUUAUCGUAAUGCCCUUCACCUUGGCCUCGGGCUGUUGAUGACUUCUUCCCUUUCCAGUCUGCGUGGCGACUCCUGCCCACCGAAGAAAACAUCGUUCGAUGUCGCAGUGCACAGUGGUCCGCCCUGCGGGAAGGAUAUACCCUUCAAGGUGAAAGCUCACAGAUGUAAGCUACUCACAGAUUCAGGGUCAUACUUUGGCAGCCCUGGUCCUAUCUUCUCUGCGACGCCUGCGAGUCACCACGAUGCUUAAGUGAGAGCCUCAAGUGUGAGGAGACCCACGGCCCUACUGCCGUCCACAAAUUGGACCGGGUGUCCCAGCUAUCAAUGGCAAAGGUAGUAAGGAACCCAAAAAAGCUUUACAGAGAUAGUCUGGAGAACGACUCUUCGUGUCUACACUGGUGGUCAUCCAUCUCGACAGGACCUGUGACCUCAACGAUCGUUGCACAUCUGGUCCGGGCCCUUGGGAGGCCAGGCUAGGCUACAGCAAGUACUACAACACAAUCCAUGUUGAUGGUAACUAAGGAGCUGCGUUCGCGCAAAAUCCUAAUGAUAUUGCACAGGGACAAGAAUCAGCCAAAUGCUUCGCAAAGAUCUAACAUAAAACGCCUGUCGGAUGUGGCAGGGUUCGAUACAACCAAUAGCUUGUUACAGUGAGUGAGUAGAAGAGGAUCCGCCGGGGUUUCAUAUCGGAGACUUGAUGAAGCUCUCAUAGACCUCUCGCUCGGUCUGGUACCGUAGUCCGAAUGCUCGAUGAAAUUCCACCUUCGCCACUCUCAAUUCACUCCCUUUUUCCCGCUGAUACAAUGUUGCAGAGUCCAUGUCGCGGGAGGGAGAGCCAUGCUGCGGCAUUACCGCGAUUCAACGAAGAACAAGUCCCACUGACUCGGCCCAUGGAACUCUACGUUUGGGCUGGAUUCUGUUAUCGCCGAAACUGUUCGGUGAUUGUGACCAAUCAGCAAGCAUAUCUCCAAGCCUUGGAAUAGGUUUCCGUGGCACAUUCCAGCGCAAUUGAACGUGCCUCAUGGCCGAGAUUGCCGAAGAUGCCAUCAUUGCAUUAAAUCUAAUGAACUUACUUGCAGAGAAUGCCCACAUGUUGUGGCAAAGGGUCUCAGCACGUAUGCUAUCCAGCCACGGUCAUGGUAUGGCACUCGAACCCCUACUGAUAAGGGAGCGGAAUAUGGGUCAGACACUCUCCUCUCAUUUUUGGGAGAUAGCCUAGGCCGGCUCAGCCAUGGCCACAGGUCAUCCACGCCAGUACGGCAGCAUGUUGCUGGCAGGAGGCUUGACGAAGGCAAGGAAAGAGAAAAACAGCAAUAGCGGCGGGUCCAGGGAGGCGUGCCCAUAAUAAACACCGAGUUGUUCGAUCGAGGCUCCAGGUCCGCUAUUACCGCCGAAACUCCUUCCCAGGUAAAGCUUCACAAGACAUGCCCCUAGUCGACGUUGAGGCUACGGUAAGUAGCGCCAGCAUAUAAGUAAGUACGUGGGAAGGCGAAGGACAAAUGUCUUGUCAAAAGCCAUCGUCCCCCUUGACCCUUGAAGAAGCCGUCGAAUCUCCUCUUACAUUCAAACAGCAGUGAGCACCAUGACAGAUGCGGAGGAAGAAAUAAAAAUUGAAGGCUCCCAGCCCGUGGCCUCUGCUACAACCUAUCCAGAAGGAGGAGCCAGAGCAUGGCUGGUUGUGCUAGGCUGCUUCUGUGUCAUGUUCUUCACGUUCGGAUAUCUUAAUGCUUUUGGCGUGUACGAGACAUAUUAUCAAAAGGAGCUGCUUCAUGAAUACACACCUUCGGCCAUCUCGUGGAUUGGGUCACUGCAGGUCUUUCUUCAAUUCGCAGCAGGUAUCAUUGCAGGUCCGAUUACUGAUCUUUGGGGUCCAAGAGUUAUCAUAUGGCCCUUUUCCAUCAUCUACGUCGCCGCGGUCAUGCUCACCAGUGUCUGCACGAAAUACUGGCAUUUCAUCCUUGCGCAAGGUCUGCUUGGUGGACUUGCCAAUGGGCUGGCAUACGCACCGGCCAUCGCAGUGAUCGGACAGUACUUCCACAAACGACGAGCGCUAGCCAUGGGAAUUGCCUCAUCCGGGUCAAGCCUGGGCGGUAUCAUAUUUCCCGUGAUGCUCAACCGACUCAUUUACCACACGUCGCUGGGUUUCGGGUGGGCCGUCCGCAUCGUCGGGUUUCUGGUCCUCGGCUUGUGCCUGACGGCGUGUGCCACCGUCGUGCCCCGAAUGCCACCAAGGAAAGGCAAAUAUUUUCUCCUGCAUGCUUUCAAGCAUCCGGUAUAUUCGAUCCAGGUCGCGGGAAUGUUCCUUGUCUGGUGGGGCCUCUUCACGCCGUUUUUCUUCUUACCAGCAUACUCGGAGGCAAAGGGCCUCGACAUGGAUCUGUCCAUCUACACACUUGCAGUCCUCAACUCGGGCUCACUUAUCGGCCGGAUUUUGUCUGGAAUCGCCGCACCCAGAUUUGGCCGCUUCAAUCUCCUGGUCAUGGGAAACUGUGUCUGUGGGAUCCUCGUCUUCUGCUGGCUUCGUGUGGUCUCCACGGCGGCCAUCUAUGUUUUCGCCGUCCUGUACGGCAUGUUCUCAGGAUUUGUUGUGGCGCUGUUCCCAACCACCAUUGCUGAAGUCUGCACCCACCCGACAGAGAUUGGAAGCUAUGUGGGCAUGGCGCUCGGCUUGUAUGGCAUUGCAGGCCUUACCGGCACGCCAAUCACCGGUGCCAUGAUCGCGCAUUUUGGUGGAUACGAUGAAGCCAUCAUCUUCGGUGGCAGUGUGUUGAUGGCCGGGACGGCAUUGACUUUCUGUGCAAGGUCUCUUAUUGCGAAAAGCCACGGAUGGCGAGUGUGAGCCGAGCCGAGACCAGGCAAGACAAGUGACACUGACAGCCAACAAGGGACUGGAUGGCAGAAAAGUAGUCCAAAUUACUUGUCUCGAUUGGUUGGCGGAUACCUCUACCUCUUUGCUGGCUUUCAGGAAUUGUUUAACAGCCACUCCAAAACUCAAGUUUUGGACUUCGAGCACACACUCAAAUUCCCUUCUGCCAACGUCACGUUUUGAUCAUAUGCCGAAUUGCUCGAACAAACAAUCAUCAACAAACGAUCCCGAUAAGAACGGCCAAGGUCCAGGCCCACUCAUGUCGAAGUCGCCAGGCAUCUAAUUAGCAACAGUUAAGUUAGAUUAGCUCAAGAUUCGAAUUUCAUCAUUCCCGCUUCGGGGAGCGGAGCGUUUCCUCCCAUCAUCUCGAGUCAUAGUCAUACUUACCAGAUAUGAAGACUGUCCUAUACUGUCCUUUCCGA